GUGUUCUUGCGGUUGGUCCGCCCUAUUCACAGGUCCAAUUUUGGUGUAUGAUGUCAUUGGUUGCUCAACCAAGCGUGUCGUCAAUAAAAUUCGAAGUUUUAUUCUGCGCUUGCGCAGCCAACAUAUAUCUUGCCUCAACAUCUUCCCACUCAAUCAAUACAUCCGUCACAGAAUGGUACGGUUUUCAAACACUCACUUAUGCGUAGCGCGAGGCGGGAAAUCAGGACUUGCCCAUCCAACUUUGGUCCAUUCUGAGCUCUGCUCAGAUGCCCUGCGAAAAGGAGAAAUCAUACUCCGCGUGGAAACAUUUGGUUUUAGUGCGAAUAACAUCACAUAUGGUUUACUUGGGGAGCAUCCGCACUUUAGAUAUUUCGACUUCUUCCAUGCUCCGGAAACCGCUUCGACGUCACAAGUAUCUCAUGGAGUUAUCCCAGUUUGGGGAUUUGGAACAGUGGUAGCUACGAGCCAUGCCACUGUGCGAGUUGGCCAGCGUCUCUAUGGAUAUUUCGCCAUGUCAAAAUACCUCGUCCUGCAACUUGACGAGCAAACGAACAAGUAUCAUGUAAACGUAUCGUUGGGGAAAUUUGGGAAGGACCGCCGGCCUUACAAACAGUUAACCAUCUGCAAGACGGAUCCCAUGUAUCAAAAGGACAGAGAAGCUGAAAUUAUGUUGUAUCGCCCUCUUUUCUGGACCUCAUACUGGUUUGAGGAUUGGCUUUACGCAAAGCAGUACUUUGGAGCGCACACCGUCCUCGUGUCCUCAGCGUCUUCUAAGACUUCUUUCACUGUCGCAUACAAUAUACAGCGCCGAAAGAAGACAACUGGAAGUCUAGAUGUGAAUGUUAUUGGGUUGACAUCACCAUCCAACGUUCAAUUCACCAGAAGCCUUGGGCUGUACGAUGGUGUUUUUACGUAUGACGAGCUCGAUCAAGUUAUGAUGACUGUACCCUCACCACAUCCUCUCGUUUACGUGGAUGUCCUGGGCAACUCAUCACUCAAUUCUCGCGUAAACAAAGUCUUCAGCCCUUCCAUGUUCGUUCCGCUGGGGAUCGAUAUCUGGGAGGAUAAGACUAAGACGAACGUGAAGGGCUUUUUCACGCCCGAGUGGCUCGCGGUCAGAAUAGCGCAGCUCAGCCCACAGCAAAUAUUAGAGAUGCAGGUGGAAGCUUGGGCCGCACUUAUGAAGGAUUGCAGAAAGUGGGUGAAGAUUGAGAAGACUUACGGGCUAGGAAAUGAUGGGGUGCAACGGUAUUAUUGGAAGACAUUGGAGGGUAAAAUUGCUGCGGAAAUAGGUCAAGCUUUUUCGCUGUGGGAAGAAAGUGAUGUGUUGGAUUUCCAGAAGGGCAAAGCCAAACUGUAAUAUGUAUAGCUGCCAAUGAACCUGUCGACCGAUUGUUGUGGAUGUACAACCUUGGCCACCCACAAGCUAGCAGCAGCCAAACCUG